AUGGUAUCAUUACAUCAAUGUGUACAUGGCCAAUGCUCUAUCAACUCCAACUCCACCUACAACUGCAGCUGCGCUCCCAACUACACCGGAGCGUCUUGCGACCAAGAAAACAACCCAACACCACCUCCCACACCAACACCUACACCAACCAAAUCCGACACUGACCAACUUCGUAAACUCGACAUUGCACUACCGAUUGCAUUCGGUAGUCUCAUCAUUUUGUUUAUCGUUACACUAGUAAUCAUGAUCAAACGUAAAGGUGCAGGUGGUUAUGAACAAAAUAAUGGUGAAUUGAUAGUUUAUAUCGCAAAACUUUUGUUGGUCGAGUUUGAAAUAAUAAUGGGAUUUUCACAAACAACAGAUAGAGUACGUAACUACUUCAAAGUCAAUUUCAUCGAUAGUUUGAGAUUGGUAGAUAAGCAACUACUACGUGGCAAACUACAUGGAUUGGCGCUUGGACAGCUCAUCUCCCUGUGUAUUUGUGGUACCGGUGUUUUCAGUCAGUUGCUGGUGGUCAACUACGGUGUCAAUAUUCCAACAUCACAGAGUUUGCUCAAUUAUAUCCUCCUGAUGUUCUAUUCAAUCGUUUUGAUAAAGCGUGGCACCUUCUGGAAGACCAUCAAGACGAAAUCACACAUUCUCAUUCCGCUGGCACUGAUCGAUGUCGAAGCCAACUACGUCGUAGUGAAAGCCUAUCAGUACACAACGAUCACCUCCAUUAUGCUACUCGAUUGUUUCACCAUCCCAUGCGUAGUGAUUCUCACACGUAUCUUCCUCAAGACACGUUAUACCUUUGUGCAUAUUCUCGCCGUUGUUCUAUCGAUUGUCGGUAUGGUCAUUCUCGUAGUCUCUGAUAUACUCCAAGGUGAGAGCGCCAACGGUGGCUCCAACCCAUUGCUCGGUGACAUGCUAGUACUCAUCUCGUGUGUUCUCUACUCAAUUUCAAAUGUUGGACAAGAAUUCACCGUUAAGAAAUAUGAUAACUAUACUUACUUGGCAUUGCUCGGUAUUUAUGGUUCGAUUAUCUCUGCUAUUCAAUUGUCUAUUUUGGAAAGAAAUGAAUUAACUACAAUGGUUUGGAGUGGUGGUGUCAUUGGAUAUAUUAUUGGUUUUGCUAUUUGUUUGUUUGCCAUGUAUUCGAUUACACCAUUUAUGAUGAGAAUUGCCGGUGCAACUAUGAUGAAUCUUUCAUUGUUAACAUCGGAUUUGUUCUCUAUUAUCUUUGCCAUCUUCUUGUUUGACAGAAAGUUACAUUGGUUGUACUUCCUUUCGUUCGUUAUUAUCAUCUCUGGUUUGGCCAUCUACAAUCUUUCGCAGCCACACCACAAAUCGUCAGAGGUACGUCAACUCAUGGAUAAUGAUACCGAGAAUAACAACCAAGAGUUGGAUAUCGAGUCCAACAAUGAAAAGAAAACAGCAACAACAACAGAAGUCAUUGUCGAUUCAACUUAUAAUCAAGAUAGAGAGACUGACGGUCGUGAUGAUAAUGAUGAUGAAGAUGUUGAUAAUGGUGGUGAAAAUAAUGAAACAUCUGAGAUUUCAAACUCGACAAACUCAACCACCCAAGCCGACUUGGAAAAUUCAAGAACCAACUUGGUUGGAUAA